CUCACCAUGACCAAGGCCACAUACUGUAAACCUCACAUGCAGAGCAAACCACUGCAGACAGAUGAGGCAGAUCUGGAGAGCUCAGGAAAGGAGUACAUUCCUAUUCCGAUCCCUGUUCCUGUUUACGUCCCAGUACCCAUGAACCUCUAUUCUCAGGCCACGCCCACUUCUUUUGCAAUACCUGUACCGGUGCCUGUGCCAGUGUUUCUACCAACCACGCUGCAGAACGCUGAGCAGAUUGUGAAGACCAUCAGAGAGCUCAAAGCCAAAGUUCCUUCUGAUCCUCUAGAAGCCGAUCUAAUAGCGAUGGCAGAAGUGAUUGCACAAGAAGACGAGAAACCUAAAUGCUCAAACAUCAAAUGUGAAAAGGGCAGCAGUGAAGAGAAGAUGGAAAUUGUAAAACAGGAAAACGGUAGCGGGAGCUCAGAAGAGGAGGAGGAAGACAAGUAUGAACCAGAUUUGGACCUGGAGAAGGACCUACCCCUUGCAUCAGAGCCCGUUUUAGUUGAGCGUCUGGAUACAGAAACACUCUUCUCAUUGCCUCCAGUCCUGGCUGAGGAAAAAGAAAAGACACCUCGAACCAGAACAAGGAGAAGGGGCCAGAAGAGGCGGGCAGUAGAGGAAGAGUCUUCAUCCUCGUUGUCUUCUUCUCCAGCAGCAGAGUCCUCAGCAGUUGACAGCUCUUUCCCCUUAAGCUCCAGAUAUGGCUUAAACGCAUGGAGAAGAUGGGCCACAACUGAAGACUCACCGUCCAAAGGAAAGGAGAGCCAGAAACAAGCAGUUAGUUUAAAAAGCAGUCUCCUGUCCCUGAGCCAAGAAGAGUUGAAUCAGUCUUUAUCCCGGUUUGUCAAAGAAGUACGUCGUCCCAAUGGUGAACACUACAGUCCAGACAGCCUCCUUUACCUCUGUCUGGGUAUCCAGAAGCAUUUGCAGGACAAAGGAAGGACAGAUGACCUCUUUAAUGACUCACAGUAUGAAAUGUUUGGGGAGGAACUGAACAAGCUCCUCAAAGACUGGCAACCCAGUGUUCUUCCGGAUGGUUCUCGGUGGAGUCGUGUUGAAGAGCAAUAUCUGUGGAGCAGCGGACAGCUUGGAGAACAGGCGCCUUCUGUCCUGCUGAGAUCUGUAUUCUAUCUCAACACCAAAUACUUUGGUCUUCGCACCCCAGAACAGCACUUACGCCUCUCAUUUGCAAACGUCUAUGGCCCAAGCAGCUCGAAACCGCACAGCCAUGAGACCACCGUCUGUAUACGCAUCCCCUCCAUCUCACAGGAGCAGCAUGAGCAAUCAGGAAGUAAGAGAAGACGUAAAGAUUACUGUGACUCAAAUUUUGAUUCAGACAGCGGUUCAGGGGGAUCCGCACACUGUCCUGUUAAGAAGCAUGAGUGCCGACUGUAUGAGCUUUACCUUUCGAAGUGCCCAGAGUCUGUGAGACAGAGGACAGAUUUUUUUUACAUGAAGCCAGAGGUGUCUGCGUCGUCGGAUAGUCCGCUGUGGUUCAGCUCGACGCCUCUGGAGAAGAGUGUGCUGAGCAGGCUCCUGACUCGAGCGCUGCUGGUCAGAGAGGUCUAUAAAGACAACCAGCCUGAAGAGGACGCAGCCUAGAGGCCGAUGCACUGAAGACUUCUAACUAUGCUAUCAUGACACCCUGUGCAUCACCAAACCAGCUGCUUUCCACACCACACCCUGUCACGCUCCCUUUAAACACACUGAUCCCAGUACAGUUAUGACAUGAGUCCAGUCAGGAUGGACAUCGAUGGGAUUAUGCUGAUUCUGGUCAGUCUUCCCAAAGACCUUGAUUCAGACGAGUAGAUUUUUUUUCCCCCACCAUGAACGUGACUUACAGUAUGCUGCUUUCUUCUUUAUUUUCCCCCCCUCUCUUCCCUAUUUGUUGGAAACUUUUGUUGAUGUAGCAUUUCUUCUUGUCAGAGUCUAGUCUGUUAGCAGACGAAACACACAGGAACUUUAGGCUGUAAUGGAGGUGAUGAGGAUGUAUUCGUUUCUUCCUGCCCAACAAAGCCUUCUAAAGAUAAAAUUUUAUUUAUUACUGCUGAUCGACGUGUUAAAGACGAGAGUCUGAGAUUUUGAGAUGACAGGGCAGGGUGUGUGUUGGACACUGCCAUGUGUGCAAUUUCUCUGGCCUUCCAUAAGAGCAUUAAAACCUGCUGCAGCCCCGGACCUCUUAUUUGUGCGAGCGGUGUGUCUGUAAAUGUGAGUGCAUCUUUUUUCCCUCUCCUUUCUUGUUGUUUUGGAGUGAAUUGGACAGGAGGUGGUCCUGCGCAGUCAAUACAUUAUUGGCAUUGAACCUUUAAGUGUGAAACUAUUCCUCUGAACAAUCAAGUAUAUGAAAUUUGACUCUGAACUUCAUUUGCAGCGUUAUGCUGAUUGCAGAUAAGCGGAGAUGCAUUGUCAAUGUUUAAACAUUGUCAUAGGAUUUGCUCUGUAGCCUUCCUGGAGCUGAGAGUCAUUUGAAGGAUGUGCGUGAGCACAACGAUCAUUAAAUGUUACGUUUAAAACACUUAGCUUAUGCAAGAGUGAAAGUGAUUUAUUUAUAAAGUGAAAGUCAGCCGGGUUUUUCUUGUCAUGGUUUUUAUGGUUAUUUUCCUUGACCCUUUUCUACCAAUAAAUUACAAUCUUAUUUGUUGUCUCAUAA